UACCCUCUCUAUCUUCUGACUAUUCCUGUAUCAAUUGGGGAUUUUUUGGACUGUUUGUUUCGGUGCAAUUUGCACGAAAAUGGCAACAAUGAGGCCAGUUUUCGUCGGCAAACUCGGCAAUCGGAGCUGGACCGGUUGUUCUCUAAAUACGGGAGGGUCGAGCGUGUCGAUAUGAAGUCUGGUACGCCACCAUUGACUUGUUUUGACUUGUUUAUAGGGUAGAAUUUGAUGAUUUAUGUUAAAGAUUCAAUAUCUUUUUGUUGGGUUUGAUUUGUCGAGUUAGUGAUUUUGUCCUAUGGGAUUGUGUGUCUGCUGGCUAUGGAUCAUUCAAGAUUUCAUGUAAUGAAUUGCUCCUGUUGUGGUUUUACGGGUGUGUUUGAUUUUUAUUUUAUCUGCAUUUACCCUUUUUGUUUCUUCCUAUGAUUCAUCGAUUCAGAGAACGUUCAGGUGUGUCUGUUUGAUUCGGGACCGGCCGCUCCGUUUGCCUGGCAUGGUUGUAUCUAAUCAUUUGUUCUGAUAAACAGAAGAGUAGAGUUUGGUGUAAAACUUGAGCUUGUUGGUUAUGGAUGUAUGGCUACUUUUGUAGUUUGGAUAUCCAGUGCUUCUUUUCCUGGAGGAAAGGAAGUGGCAGCCGCGAGUUUGCAAUUUCUUGGACCAGGUUUUGAAGUGUUGCUUUUGGCGCAGGAACUUGUAUACUAAAGGAAAAUGAACUGUGCUUCUUGCCAACAUCACUUCCAGAUUUCAAUUGAGGAAACCGUCCUGGUUGCCUGCUUCUCUACACUCCAUUCACAGAUAGCAACAUUCUGCGUUUUCUUCACUCGAUCAUCCGUCACUCACCCACUUCGUCGCAUAACGUUGCCAUUUCACAAGAAUUGUCCGAGUGGGAUCAUUUCUUUUGCCAUGCCUACCACAAGUCCACCACUAUUCAUAGGGGAUUAAUGAAAUCUGGCCAUGCCUUCAAUCACUGAUAAUGGGGAUCUUUGAUUCUGUCGUGCCAUGCCUUCCAUUACGGAAUUUGUGCUCUCUGAAUGGCGAAGCAUUCUUAGCAAUGAUUCAGACCUGAAACUUUGGAUUAAAACCUUUAGUAUGCUACCAUCAUGAUUUAGUUCUUCAAGCAACGCCUCUACCACCUUAUAUCCGUCAAGUCCCUCGCGUAAAUGGAGGUGUUGUAUUUACUUUAGUUUGUGCCAGGGUUUUGCUUUUGUCUAAUUUGAGGAUGAACAGGAUGCUGAAGAAGCUAUCUUUCACCUCGAUAAUAGGCCACUUGGAUAUGACAGGUGCAGGCUAUCUGUGGAAUGGGCUAAGGGUGAACGUGGUCGCCAUCAUGAUGGGUCUAAAUCACUGGCAAACCAGAGCCCGACUAAAAGUUUGUUUGUUAUCAUCUGUGAUCCCGUCCUACACCAAAGUUCGUGAUAUUGAAAGGCACUUUGAGCCUUAUGGGAAGGUGCUUCAUGUCAGAAUUCGUUGGAACUUUGCAUUUGUGCAGUUUGACACACAGGAAGAAGCUACUGAAGCUCUUCAGGCUACAAACUUGAGCAAGAUACUAGACAGGGUUGUCGGUGUGGAGUACGCUCUGAGAGACGAUAGUGAGAGAGAUGAUGUCGAGAGAGGUGAUCGCUACUGUGAUAGCCCUCCUAGAGGGGGCAGCUAUGGUAUACAUGGUGAUAGUCCUUAUUGGAAAUCACCAAGUCAUGGUUAUCGCAGGCGUCCAAGUCCUGAUUAUGGCCAUCCUCGCAGCCCAGUUUAUGACAGGUACAACGGUCCAGUGUAUGACAGGCGCAGGAGUCCUGAACAUGGAAGGAAUGCGAGUACUGAAUACGGCAGAUACUGCAGUUGUUCGCCUAUCCAAAGAUGAACUUGAAGUCAUCUGAUGCAGUAGUGGGCUUAUCAUUAGUUUCGCUAUAUAGCUUUUAGGUACAUCUGUAGAGGAUGAAACGAUAGUACUUCGUUCAAGCUCAUGUUAUUAUGAAGUUCAAGUUGAUCUCUAGGGUUGAAAUAAUAAGAAUUUGGUUAGAUUUCUGCUCGAACACAUUGUCUUGACUCAUCUCGCAUCUGUAAUUUAUCCCCUCGUAUGGAGAAAUGUUUGGAUUUGGGCAA